CUUGUUUAGGUUUGCAGCUAGAAGAUAAUAAAGCUAGCAAUGGAGCUGUUGUAUGAGGAAUACCUAACACACAGUGGAACAAUAGUCAAACCUUAUUACUGGCUGAGCUUCUCUCUAGACUGUACUAACUGUCCUUACCAUAUUCGGACAGGUGAAGAAGCAAGAGUUCCAUACACAGAAUUUCAACAGAUUUUUGGAUUCCCAUCAACCUAUCCUCAAACAAAACACCUCACAUUUUAUGAGCUAAAAGCUUCCUCUGGGAACCUGGUCCAAAAGGGCCAUGCCAGCAACUGCACUGGGAGCCCCACCCACCUGGAAUCAAUGCUGUUUGAGAUUAAUGGUUACCUUGACUCAACCAUAUCCAAUAACAGCAGCAUUAGACACAUCACUCUGUACUCCAACAACUCCCCUUGUAAUGAGGCUAACCACUGCUGCAUCAGCAAAAUCUACAAAUUCCUGAUGAUGUACCCAGACAUCACUCUUAGUAUUUUCUUUGCUCAACUCUAUCAUACCCAGCAUCAAUUCCCGCGGAGCCUAGCCAGCUUACAGCCCCAGGUAACCUUGAGUCCAAUAAGUGGUGGCAUUUGGCAUUCUAUCCUUGAAAACUUUGUUAGUGGUGUCUCGGGAUCAACUGUUUUCCAGCCCGUUUUAGCAGGGAGAGCACUGACUGACAGGUACAAUGCUUACGAAAUAAACUCUAUAACAAGAGUGAAGCCUUACUUUAUCGAUGCUCUUCAGACUCAGCCAAAAGAGAAACAGAGCAUAGACACUCAGGCAGCGUUUGAGAACUACCCCUCAAACAACACUGUUCCUGGACAGUCUUCUCAAGGGACAAGUGGACAACUACAAGCCAACCUGACUCCAGACCCCAGCACGCCUGUUGUUUUUGCGCUGAUGCCUUACAGACAUCUACCACUACUCCAUGUGGAUCAGAAUCCAUAUAAACCCAGGAAUGUGGUAAGGCACCUCAAUAUGCCUCAACUGUCAUCAUAUAAAACAAAGGAGCUUGGAAAACCUCCCAUGGGCAGGCCAGUGGAGACAGUGGAAACCACAGAGAGGUCUGCAAGCAGCAAAGAGGCAGACAAAAAGAACAAGAAGAAAUGGACAAAGUAA